AUUUCAAGAAAAAGAGACAGGAAAGAGAGAAAAGUAAGAGAGUGCAGGCUGGGAGGACAUUUUGGCGCCCCUAAAUUCAGACUUCUUCUACUACUUUUCUCUGUAAAGCCGCCUACUAAAUAAUUGAAAUUAUUAAUUUUCGUUUUCGAAUCUCUUUCAUCGCCGGCAAUGGAAACGACGCCGUCCUUACUCCAACGCUACCGCCGAGAUCGCCGGAAGCUCAUCAAAUUCUUACUCUCUCCCGCCGCUGGCUUCGUCAAAGAGCUUCGCAACUCCUCGAAUUCUAUCUCUAGCGUUGAUUAUGAUACUCUCAGCGCCGAUUAUAUUCUCCACUGCAUCCAAUCCAAUGGAAUUCUUGAUAUAUCCGAGGCAACAAGGAAGUUCACAGAAGAAGCUCAGUAUCCCAUCACGAUGGAUUCUGAGUUAGGGGAUACCUAUUUCCUUGUUUCAGAUCCAGAGUCAGCUGGAUCUCCUCCUCACCGUGCUCCUCCUCCGAUUGUUGUAAAUCAUUCCAGCAGUAAUGACUUGCAUCCAUCUGAUCUACAUGACAGUUUGAUAGCUCAAAAAAUAUCUGUCCCCAGUCAUGAAUCUAAGGACAAAUAUGCAGCUAAUAAGCAAAAAUGGAAGCCAGUAAAUAGGGUUCUUUCUUUAGGAUUACCUGCGCUGCAUACAGGAUUAUCGGAUGAUGAUUUGCGGGAAUCAGCUUAUGAAAUACUGUUGACGUGUAUGGCAUUUUAUGGGCUUGAAAUAUAUAUUUUUGAGGAUCAAAAGAAAGAUAAAAGUUCAGGGUUUCUUGCUGGGUUGAAGAAUAAAAAGGACAAAAAACAUCCUCGGUCUCAGUCCCAAUCUCCUGAAAGACAUGAUGAAGUCAUUAACACCAUUCGUGUUCAGAUGCAGAUUUCAGAAGCAAUGGAUGCUUGUGUUAGGCAAACAUCAAUGCAGUUUGCUUCAAGAAAAGCAUGUGGACAACUUGAUAUUCCUCAGAUUUCACUGGGGCUUCUGAAUGGCAUAUUUAAGUCCGACUUUCUUUAUGAAAAACCUUAUAUGCAAUGGAAGAAACGACAAGCAAAUAUUCUUGAAGAAGUCUUUAUUUCUGCUAAUCAUCUAAUAACUGAUAAGCAAGUAAUUGACACAUUACUUGCAAAGAUGAACAACUCUGAGGAAUGGGACAACCUAAUGUCGACCUCUGAACGUACUGAGGUCCUGGCAGCUAUCCGCCAGGUGUCUUUGCUAUUGUCCUCUGUUAAUGGUCAUUUUGGUAUUCAAGGUGAAACAUGCUAUUGGGCUACCAGUUAUCACUUUAACAUCAGACUUUAUGAGAAGUUGCUUUUUGGCAUAUUUGACAUUCUAGAUGAAGGCAAUUUUAUAGAGGAAGCUGAUGAAUUUUUGAAGCUUUGCAAGUUGACGUGGUCUACUUUAGGAAUUACGCAGAAAAUGCAUAAUGCACUAUAUGGUUGGGUGCUGUUUCAACAGUUUGUUCUGACUGAAGAGGAAAUGCUUCUUGAUCAUGCAAUUAUUGAAGUGCAGAAACUUCUAUCUGCUGAAAGUAGCAGAGGGAAAGAUGAAGAAUACAUAAACAGCUUAGUUUGUUACAUUGAAUGUGAUGACUCUAAAUCAGAAAUGAGCUUGGUGCAAGCUAUUUUAUGGUCAAUUACCUAUUGGUGUGACAGCAAACUUCAAGAUUAUCAUCUGCACUUCAGUGAGGAACAUGACUUCUUCGCAAAAGUUCUGACCCUGGCGUCGGUACUUAGAAACAAAAAUUAUGGUGCUCAAGAUGAAAACAAGUUGACAUCUGAUGCUCUAAGUGGUCCUGACAUUGUACAUGUCAAAAUGUAUGUUGAGAGAUCUGUUGAAGCUGCAUAUAGGCGGAUAGAAGAUAAUAUGAAUCUUGGAUCUCAAAUGGAGAGGGGUAAUGCAUUGGCUGUGCUUGCAAAUGAUGUAAGAGUGAUUGCUGAGAAAGAACUUAAUCUGUAUUCACCUGUCCUCUGUGACUGGUAUCCAGAAUCAGCAAUGGUUGCAGCUAAACUACUGCACCAACUUUAUGGUGAAAGACUGAAACCAUUCCUUGAGCAAGUUUCCUCUCUUUCAGACGAAGUUAAAUUAGUGCUUCCAGCAGUGGGUAGUUUGGAGCAUGGUCUGACUCUUCUUUUUUCUUCUACAUGUAAAGCAAACGAGUCACGGUCCUUUUCCAGCCUAGAACUUGACCGAUAUCAGGUUGGAAAGUUUUCUAGGCCUAUUAUUCUUGAGUGGGUAAUUGCUCAGCAUGCACGAAUUUUAGAAUGGACUGGGCGCAUUCUCGACCUCGAGGAUUGGGAACCACUGUCAUAUCAGCAAAAACACUCAUCUUCAGCAGUUGAAGUGUUUAGAAUAAUAGAGGAGACGGUGGAUCAAUUUUUUGGACUGAGGCUUCCGUUAGAUAUUACACACCUACAAGCUCUACUUUCCAUAAUAUUCCACACACUGGAUAGCUAUUUACAUAAAGUUUGUAGCCACAUAGUUGAUAAGCACCAUUUGUAUCCUCCUGUGCCUCCAUUGACCCGAUACAAGGAGGCAGUAUUCCCCAUGAUAAAAAAGAAGGUUGUUGAGAAUGUACUUCUUGAAGAGGAAAUUAAUGGUAAUUUGGUGGAAUUGACAGUGUCUAAGCUCUGCAUCAGAUUGAACACCCUUCAAUAUAUUCAGAAACAAAUGGGUAUACUAGAAGAUGGAAUUAGGAAAUCUUGGGGAUCUGCGACGAUAUCUGACAACAGCAGAGGUGAAGAAAGUCGAGAGACUUCAGAAACUGUAUCUGAGUAUAGUGAAUCAGUUGAUGAGCUUUUUGUUGCUACCUUUGACAGUCUGAGGGAUACAGCAGCUGAUGCAAUCAAAAGAACAUGUGAAUUCAUAGGAGCAAGAGUCGUGUUCUGGGAUAUGAGAGACACAUUUUUGUUUCGAUUAUAUCGUGGUAGUGUUGGAAGUGCUCGCUUCGAUAACAUACUUCCAAACUUUGAUAGCGUUCUCAACAAUAUAUGUGAUUAUGUUGAUGACGUACUUAGAGAUCUUGUGGUGGCAAGCAUUUGUAAGGCGUCACUGGAUGGCUUUGUUUGGGUACUUCUGGAUGGUGGCCCUUCUUGUGCAUUUUCUGAUGCAGAUAUCAAUAUGAUGGAGGAGGACCUAAAUAUGUUAAAGGAUUUUUUUAUAGCUGAUGGUGAAGGCCUUCCCCGUUCACUAGUUGAGAACGAAGCACAAUUUGCCCAUCAAAUUUUGAAUUUGUACUCCCUUCAGACUGAAUCUGUGAUCCAGAUGUUGAUGACUGCAAGCGAACUUAUUCCGACUGGAGUUGAAUCACAUAAGCAUAGACAUAGGCACUUGGUAGAUGCUCACACACUAGUACGGGUUUUAUGCCACAAGAAAGAUAAAGAAGCAUCCCAGUUCUUAAAAUUGCACUACCAGCUGCCUGCAUCAUCAGAUUAUGAAGAUGAGAGCCCAUUGAAGGAACCUGGUCUGAAACCACCCAUGAUGGCAGAUCUUCUAAGAAACACCUCAAUGCAGUGGUCAAAUAAUGGCCAUGACAGCUUUAAAUCAAUUAAGAAGAAAUUCCAAAAGGUAACAUCAGAGAUCCGGCACUCAGGAUCAUUGUCUUACUCUUAACUGGUGUAGUUUGGAUUAUUAGUACAAGGUCAGACUGUCAACCAGACGGCCAAUACUAGCAAAUCAUGCAGAGCAAGUGAAGUAUGAAAAAUCUGUACAUAUCCUCUGCAAAAACACUCAUAAACAGCACAAAUCAGAUAAAGUUCACAGUAGUACAGCAGUAUAUCCUUGUAUUCAUGUAACCCUUUGAUUGUUACAUAUAAAUAUAUAUGUGCUAAGUGAUUAAUUUAUAUUUACAUUUAUCUCUUUAAUAGUUUGAUAUAGAUCAGGGUAAUUGUAUUUACAUAUCUCGUCGGAUAAUAGUUGAAGGUAUUCUCUUUCAGUUU